GCUCUGUUUCUCAGAGUCUUUUUCUUACGUUUUUUGAUUUAUUGAUAUUUGUUCGUUUGACCGGAAAAAAUGCCUGGUGCCGGCGGAAUCCUUCCCGGCGACGGGAAAAAGGAGUAUCCCGGAAACCUCACUCCCUUUGUCACCGUCACAUGCAUUGUCGCUGCCAUGGGUGGCUUGAUCUUCGGUUAUGAUAUUGGAAUUUCAGGUGGGGUUACGUCUAUGGAACCGUUUCUUGAUAAGUUCUUCCCGGAGGUGAGCCGGAAAAUGAAUGCGACGGCGACGGAAAAGGUGAACCAGUACUGCAAAUACGAGAGUCAGACUCUGACAAUGUUCACUUCGUCCCUGUACUUGGCUGCUCUGCUCUCGUCGCUGGUGGCCUCGCCGGUCACACGUACUUUUGGCCGGAGACUCUCCAUGCUCGCCGGCGGCCUCCUGUUCUUCGCCGGUGCCAUCAUUAACGCCUCCGCCAAAGUCGUUUGGACUCUGAUUAUUGGUCGGGUUUUACUUGGCUUCGGUAUUGGCUUUACAAAUCAGUCUGUGCCGCUGUAUCUUUCUGAGAUGGCUCCCUACAGAUUCAGAGGAGCUUUGAACAUCGGCUUCCAAUUAUCGAUCACAGUGGGGAUUCUCAUAGCCAAUGUUCUGAACUACUUCUUCGCGAAGAUAAAGGGUGGCUGGGGAUGGCGGCUGAGCUUGGGCGGCGCCAUGGUUCCGGCCCUCAUAAUCACCGUCGGAUCACUGGUCCUCCCGGACACCCCAAACUCCAUGAUCGAAAGAGGGCAGCACGAGGAGGCCAAAAUCAAGCUCAGAAGAAUCCGCGGCGUCGAAGAUGUGGAACAAGAGUUUCGAGAUUUGGUUGCAGCGAGUGAAGCUUCUAGACAAGUGGAGCAUCCAUGGAGAAACUUGCUGGAGAGGAAAUAUCGGCCCCAUCUCUCCAUGGCCAUUCUCAUUCCCUUCUUCCAGCAACUCACCGGCAUCAAUGUCAUCAUGUUCUACGCCCCUGUUUUGUUCAACACCAUUGGAUUCAAAUCAAACGAUUCCUUGAUGUCCGCCGUCAUCACCGGCUCCGUCAACGUCGCCGCCACCGUCGUUUCCAUUUACGGCGUCGAUAAGUGGGGGAGGAGGUUCCUUUUCCUCGAGGGAGGCGUUCAAAUGUUGAUAUGUCAGGCUGUGGUGACAGCGGCAAUUGCUGCUAAAUUUGGAGUGAGUGGAGUUCUUGCGGAUAAACUGCCACAGUGGUAUGCAAUUGUGGUGGUGCUUUUCAUCUGCAUUUAUGUUGCAGGGUUCGCCUGGUCCUGGGGCCCUCUGGGUUGGCUUGUUCCUAGUGAAAUCUUUCCGCUCGAAAUUCGAUCAGCUGCUCAAAGUAUCAACGUAUCUGUAAACAUGAUCUUCACAUUUAUCGUGGCGCAAGUGUUCUUGAUGAUGCUCUGCCACAUGAAGUUCGGUCUCUUCAUUUUCUUUGCCUUCUUCGUCUGCGUGAUGACCGUUUUCAUCUACUUUUUCUUGCCGGAAACUAAGGGCAUCCCAAUUGAAGAGAUGGGUCGAGUGUGGAAGACGCAUUGGUAUUGGUCGAGAUUUGUGACGGAAAAUGAUUUCCAAAUUAGAGGAUUAGAGAUGGGGAAUGGAGGGCAAGGAGUACUUAAGAAUGUUUAAUUUGUGUGCGGUGUAGUGUGUGUGUGUGUGUGUUUUUUUUUAAUUACUUUUUAGGGUUAAAAUAUUGGGUUUAGAAUUUGACUUUGUGUCAAAAGGGUAAAAAGUUUGUUGGUUAACAAUAUUUCAUUCCCAUUGGUGUGUAUAGCAAGAAUAUGUUAUGCAAAAAAGUCUCAUUCACUCUCA